AGCGGGGGGGCGGAGCUGCAGGUCAGAGGUCAGAGGUCAUCCUGGGCGCUGUGACAUCACAAGGCUGACAGGAAGUGGUCAUCAUGGUGGGCGUGGCCGUGUGCGGCUCGGUGAGCUCCAUCAAAGCUCUGUGGGAGACGAGGAUCAGGAAGGUGAAACAGGAAGUAGAGCAGAGGAAGGCCCCGCCCACAGGAAGACUGAGUGUUGGGGCUUGGGAGGACCGGGCGGUUCUGGCUCGACUGAAAGAUAAACUGCAGACAGAAGACGGACGGCUCGUGCUCCGCAUCCAGCAGGAGGAGUGGAAGACGCUGCCCCGCUGUCUGGUCCAGUUCAGUCAGGUCCAGGAGUGGCAGAUCCACCGGACCGGACUGCAGAAGAUUCCUGACUUCAUCUGCAGCUUCCAGAGUCUGUUGGUUCUGGAUCUGUCCCGGAACGGAGUCACAGAGAUCCCCAAGCAGAUCGGGAAGCUGACCCGGCUCAGGGAGCUGCUGCUGAGCUACAACAGAGUCCGCUUCGUUCCUGAAGAGCUGAGCGGCUGUGAGAGUCUGGAGAGACUGGAGCUGGCCAUGAACCGGGACCUGGACCAGCUGCCAGAACAGUUCAGGAAGUUGACGCGUCUGCAGCGUUUGGAUCUGUCCAUGAACGACUUCACCAGCGUGCCGGACUGCGUGGUGGACCUGCCGGCGCUGGAGUGGCUGGACAUGGGAGGGAACCGGCUGCAGCACCUCCCGGAGGACAUCCACAGGAUGGAGACGCUGCACACGUUGUGGCUGCACCGCAACGAGCUGCAGAAACUCCCAGAAAACAUCAGCAGGAUGCCGAACCUGGACACGCUCGUCCUCAGCAACAACAAACUGAGAGACAUCCCCCCACUGAUGGAGGACAUGUCCAACCUCAGGUUUGUGAAUUUUCGGGACAACCCUCUGACUCUGGAUGUGACGCUGCCGGUCAAGAAGACGAAGGCAGAGAAAGACGAAGAUGAAGAAGACGAGGAGGAAGAAGACGACAGAGAGAUGUUUGGACGAGAGUUCAUGCAGAUGUACAUCCAGGAAGCCCGAAAGAGAGCGUACGCUGUGAUCAACCUGCACCGAGUCAACCGUUAGUAUGAACUCUGAGUCACUACGUAACCCUAACAACCUUAACUGGAACUAAAACACUCAACCUUCUUCAGCUGUGAAAUACGUUCAUUUAUUUU